AUGGCAUCCAACAGCGAGACUCUUCAACAGAUUCUCGGAGAUUUCAGUAAGCAGGCGUCAGAAUAUCUCAAGGAGAACAACGCUCUCGAGCGUCUAGGCUUGUCGCACUUCCAGGAGAAUUUGGAACGCGUUACCACACUCAUCGGUGUGAAACCCAACCUCCGGAAAACAAUCACGUUGAAUAGGCGUAGCCUGGACGUCCUUUAUUUGCCCAUCUAUACGUUCUCACAGCAACGCGCCGUGGAGAGGAAUGCAGAAGCGGACGACAACGCCAUUUCGGUCGUCUUGCAAGAUCCGCACAUGGCCAGGUUCAUAGCUAAGUACGUGGAUAUGGAGCCGUCGCGGACUAUGUCAACAGCGCCAAAGCAUAUCGACAGCUUCCUGCAACAGAUUCAAGAGGUCCAGCGUUAUGUGCUGUCGGAAGGACCGAUUGUUUUUUCCCUCGUGUCGCGACUCGACGCGGUUGUUUCUGCUUUUCUGCAGUACACCCAGGCGAUGUUCUCUUCGAUCGCCCGGUACCUAAGUUUGACUGACCGCUUUGCGAAGAACAAGAGAGCACUUUUCUUUUUCGGAAAGUACACGCUUCCCAAACUUCUGAAGGUUUUGUUCAUCAUCAACGACAUAGAAGCGCAGCUGCUCAGAAGGAGCGAGAUGCUGGAGAGUCCGGAAGAUGCGAAACACUUGCGGCAGCAGCUUCGCGUCUUGGUGAAGAAGAGCAGCGAAACAGUCGGCAGCCUUCAUGAUUUGUCAAAGGGGUGCCUGAUUGGUUGCUCCGCGGCCUUUCAGAUCGAGUAUGCUGUUUGUUUGAAAAAUUAUGAGGAAGGAGAGCGAGCCGAUAUUGCCUUCCACCCCUUUGCGUCCACUCCACCUCUUGAAGGCAUGACUCUCCCGUCGUCAGCUGCAGCUCUUGGGGAGGCGAAUGCGGCGAGUUCUACUGAAGCUCUGGACGCAUCUCAGUACUUGAAAGUCGUGCACGAUCAGGCUCAGGCAGAGCAGCAACGGAAGCGACGCGAACAUGUCAGCAAGGUCGCUGGGGGCGUGCUUGGCGUCGAUCCGGAGGGUGCAGCUCUGGGCGCCGGACUUGGACUUGAAGAAGAGUCUACGAGUGGUGUCACAGCGACGACAACGAGCACUCAAGCCCCCGAGGAUGGUGAAUCGGACCGUGAUGCUGCUCUUGAUCUGCUCAACUCGUACUAA